AUGCUGCUGCUGCUGCUGCUGCUGCUGCUGCUGAUGUUGAUGAUGAUGAUGAGUGGAUGGAUGCGGCCCCCGACACCGGACGCGGAGACGUGGUGUGUGCUCGUCGUCCACAUGUGCCCACUCUACAUGCUGUGCCCGCCGUACUUUCAUACGCCGUGGGGUUUCGGUCAUCGGAAAUUCGGUACGGCGAGCAGCAGCAGCGGAAGUCAGCAGUUCAGCAGUCAGCAGUCGCCGGCCCCGCGGGGCGUUACACACAAGGAUGAGAGGGGUGAGGGGAGCUUUUGCUUUGUCGCCAGGAACGCGCAGAAGUUCGAAUUCGAGAUCCGCAACUGA